UGUGAUUUACUUCUCUGUUUUGCAUGUCGCGUGUCACAGUCGCUAAUCGGCAACAUGUCGCUCAACUCGACUACUUUCAUAAAGGGUUUAGGAAUCUCCCCGAGGCUCCCACUUUAUAUCCAUCAGAAGAAGAGUUCAAGGACCCUAUAGUAUAUAUACAGAAAAAUAGAGCACUCAUUUCUUCCUUUGGUAUAGCAAAAAUAGUGCCACCCAAGUCGUGGAAACCUCCGAGACUCUUCAACGACAAGAAGAAAUUUGAAACUAAAAAGCAAAAUAUCUAUCAACUAUGUAACCGAAUCACUCCACAUGACCUUUUCAUGCUUCUAUUGCGAAAGUUCUUAACGAAAAGGGACCCCAAGAAGGCGGAUAAACUUGGUGAGACUUGGACAGAUUUGGAAAGCUCUGAAAUAAUGAUAAGUGGAAACGCCAUUGACUUGUAUAAUUUAUUUUUGGAAGUUUUGUCGCGUGGUGGAUAUGACCAAGUUACAUCAACAGAUAACUGGCAUCAAAUUCUUCAGUCCCAGCUGAUUCUAGGCAGUGUGGACGAUAGAGCUCCAAAAUUGCUGCAGUAUAUUUACAGGGAUUACUUAUUGGAGCUGGAAUAUGAGCAGAAAAGAAAGGCUGGGGCUCCACAAUGGAAGAAGGAAAUUAGCGAAACUAGUAACGUUGUGUCACAAAACUCCUCGAGUUCCACAAAUUCCUGUCUUAACACAGAAAAAAUGAACAAGAAGAGGAGACUGGUCGAGGAGGAUGAACAUGUCGGUUUAUCCUUGAAAGAUGCUCUUAUUGCAGUUGUUUUAUAUUUUAAAGACACAUUGGACGAUGAGGAUGAUUGUCUUAUCUGUUCAAAGAGACUGGACCAUAAAACUGAUUGUCUGACAGCAUUUUGCAAAGAGUGUGAUCCUCUUAACAAGCAAAAAUUUGGUUUCUUGGAAGGAUGCGUCGUGAACAUUGAGGAGCUCAAAGAAUAUUCAGAGAUAUUUCGUCGUCAAUGGUUUCUUGCGAGGAAAUCGCGUUAUGGCAUCUGCCCGAAGGAAGAAAAGCUUUUACAUGAACCUCCCUAUCUGGAAGCAGAGUACUGGAGACUCGUUGAUAGUUCACAAGAUGCAGUCAGUGUGUAUUAUGGAUCUGACUUAUUCACUAAUCUCUGUGGAAGUGGUUUUCCUUCUUUUGAAGGAAGGGAAAAGUUUAUGGAGGAAAAUGUUAAGAGUUCAAGUGCUAGAGAACAAUAUGACAGGUACCUUCUGCAUCCUUGGAAUCUAAAUGUACUGCCAGAACUUGGCUCCUCUUUGCUUUCAUGUCUGAAUGUGAAGAUUCCUGGAAUCACUAUUCCUUGGCUUUACAUUGGAAUGUUAUUUUCCUCGUUUUGUUGGCAUAAUGAAGAUUCCUAUAUGUAUUCUCUUAAUUAUAUGCACGAAGGAGAGGGAAAAAUUUGGUAUGGAUGUUCUGGUGGAACGAAUGCCGCAUUAUUUGAAGCAAGCCUGUCCCUUUGUAUUCCUGAAUUAUUUGAUACAAAUCCCGAUCUAUUAUAUAAUAUGGUUACCACAGUGAAUCCUUUGCGAUUGUUUGAAAAAGGUACCACAGUUUGUAGAACAAUUCAAUAUGCUGGAGAGUUUAUAGUCACCAUGCCACAAGCAUACCAUGCGGGUUUUUCUUUAGGUUAUACGUGUGCUGAAGCCGUUAAUUUUGCUUGCACUGAUUGGUUACCGUUUGCUUGGGCUGCCCAUUCCCGAUACAUAAAGUUUUCACGAGCCCCUGCCUUCACAUUAGAGGAACUGUUUAUAGGAGUUAUCAACUCCCCAGACUUUCUGACCAAAACUUGCUCAAGUGAAGCUAAAUAUUUAUUGAAGUAUAUUCAAAAGAUUGUCAACUUUGAAUUGAGUCAAAGAAACAAGUGCUUUGCACUGUGUCCUAGAAUAGUGUGUGAAAACAAACUUCAAAGUUUGGGUGAAUGUUCGCUGUGUAAGCAUGGUUGUUUCUUUUCGUCUCUAAUUGUGCUAGGAAAUGAAGAUGAAGUUGUAACAUUUUGUCUUCAUCAUGUUAAGGAAGCAGCAUCUUAUCCCAGUCGACGAGAGCUUAUCUUUUCCUACAAGUAUAGUAUGGAAGAACUGAAUUUAUUGGUUUCAAGAGCACAAGAGCUCGUUCGUCAGAGACAAGGAAAUCAAGUAACGCAGAAAGAAAAUGGCUUUAAAAAAACUGCCAUUGAAAAUAUUGUGAUUGCUUGUUCUGACCAAAAAGUAUAGAAGUUAUUUUCUGUUGAAGAUUUGAGUUAUGUUUCCAUUUGCUAUUCAACUUGCUUAGCAUGAACAUUUGAACUUAUCAUUCUUCAUGAACUGUUAUAUAAUUCC